AUCUCCGGUGUCGUUCAUCUCCGAUCUACAGGCACCAACUUGCCCUGAUCCGAAACACCAUGGAUCCCCGCAAGUCAGGGCUUGAUUGAAUCCCAAAGAUGAGUCGGGACAACGCGGCAAUUUGAUCGUCCAUCGACAGAUGGAUAUACCUGCACCUCAAGGUAUAUAAAGCCCAUUCAACCCGCCUGUUCAUUACUUCUCCAGCAGCAAAGCAAUCGCAGUCAAUUCACAGAAAACAGCAAUCCUUCUUUCUCUCUUUCCAAACACAACAACCCACUCUCAGUCUUCACAAUGAAAUUCUCCCUCGCUUCGCUCAUGAUGGCUGGUACCACCAUCCUCUCCGCCACCAACGCCGCCGGCGUCGGCAGCGCUGGCAGCGCCAGCAGCUCUGGAAGCGUCGUUGGCAACGCCGGUGGCUCUGGUAGCUCUGGUAGCUCUGGUAGCUCCGGCCUGCCGUCCAUUCCCCAGAGCUGCCUGGAGAUCCCCCAGGUCGUCGGCAACAAGCCCCAGCAGCUGCUUCAGUACUUCCACAAGGAGGUGUGCCAGCAGAACUGCAAGGCCACCAUCAACCAGCACAACAACUACGUGCACAACUAUGUGAUGCCCCAGAUCAUCAAGGACGUCAACCAGCGCCUGGAGAUCCCCGCCCAGGAGCAGCAGCUGUUCAACCAGACCAGCACCCAGGUCGUCGCCGCCGUGCAGAAGAGCUGCGCCCAGGAGGGCAGCAAGCCUCUCUGUAACGACCUGCAGGGACUCCUUGACUACGGACUUUGCGCCUUCAAGGCCUCCCAGCCCAUCAUGAUGAAGCACGUCAAGGAGUUCUCCGGCAGCGCCAAGCUCUCCGAGGAGAAGUGCAGCAAGAUCAAGGAGCUGGACUCUGACCAGACCGUCUGGCAGAAGACUCUCCCCGCGUACGUCGACAAGUUCGCCAAGCAGUGCGCUCAGGGAAACUAGAGGCAUGAUAGAUCAGAGACUUCCCGGAUGGUAUUUGCAAAAGUCAGCAGCAAAGCAGUAGCGAUACCAUGUCUGGACAUCGAUCGGGUAUUCUGUUCGGGUGGGAAGGAUCUUUAGCAGUGUCUCCAGGAAGGCCAGCAACGAGGCUUGCGAUUGAGUCGCAAAUGAUUUUUGGGGGGUUGAAACCACUGGACAAUGUGGAAUGUUAGAUGAAAUAGGCAAGCUGGAUCUUCUGUAUGUAGCUCGAGUCAAGAAC